AAAAAAAAAAAAAAAAAAAAAAACACGAAUUUGAACGAACAAACGAACGAAGGAAUUGAUAUGAUUCUGCAAAUUUAGGGUUGCAAAAAUAGAUUUCUACAAGUGAAAGUGAUUGAGAAAUUUCUUCGCUUUAAACAUAUCCGAUCUCCUUCUUGUAAGCUUUCUCUUUCUUCUUCUUUUCGCUUUAUAGUUUGUCUUAUACUCUUUUUAUACAUCUCUUCAUACGCCUUCAUCUUUGUGUUCUUUCAUAGAAAGCGAAAUUACCUUUCUGAUCAUCUGGGUAAAUCAUUUUUGAUGUUGUUUUGCUUGUUCCUAUCAUCUACUCACUUUUUCCCAAAUUGGGUUUUGUUUAAUUGAAGUUCUUGUAUAGCAUCUGCUUCGUUUUAUGAUUGACAAAAAGAAAACCUAUUCCUUUUUAGAUAUGAAGGAAUUACUUACAGGAGUCAAAGCAUUUAAAUUUCUUCAAUUUGUGGGAUUCCCAGUUGAUUUCUCUCACCAAGAUACUGAAAUCGAUUCUUAUUGCAUAAAAAUGGGCGAUCAUUUCGUGUUUUUGGUUGAUCGGUUACUCACCGAAUCCACUUUAGAAGCUGCAAUCGAAAGUAGAAACCCUUCGUACCCUUUAUCUCCCGCCAUCGACACCAUGAUCGAUUGUUCUUCGCAUAUGGAUCAUCCUGAAACUCCUUUCACUCCUAGAAAAAUGGUGGAAUGCAGAAUUUGUCAGGAUGAGGAUUUUGAUUCGAAUAUGGAGACUCCUUGCUCUUGUUGUGGUAGCUUGAAGUAUGCUCAUCGCAAAUGUGUUCAACGAUGGUGUAACGAAAAGGGUGAUACCAUAUGCGAAAUAUGCCACCAGCAAUUCAAACCAGGGUAUACAGCACCACCUCCCGUAUUCCGAUUGGGCGUCAUUCCCGCAAAUAUAAGGGGGCAUUGGCAAAUUGCGAGAAGGGAUAUGAACGAUGAGACUCGAAUAAUUACAGUCGUUUCUUCUGAUCAUAAUUUACUCGAUCAGGAAUACGAUGAGUAUGCAGAUUCCACUGCAAGAAGCAUUAUGUGUUUUCGUUCAGUUGCUAUCAUUUUCAUGAUUGUAUUGAUUUUGCGUAACACGUUACCUAUAUUUGCAAAUGGAGGGGCAAAUUACUCUUUACCGGUGUUUCUGUUGUUACUCAUAAGAACUUCUGGAAUCAUUUUACCGAUCUAUCUAAUCCUAAGAGCCAUGUCAGCAUUGGUACAUAGGCGGCGCCACUUGGUGUCAAAUGGGUCGUCGUCGUCUUUUUCUUCUGAUGAUGAGGAAGCAGGUGCGACAUCAAUGCAAGGUGGUGGUGUUGAUUGAUGGGUUUGGGUCCAUUUGAAGUAUCCAUGGUCAACAAGACUCGAGAGGUCAAACCAUGUGAUUUAUGGGUUUGUUGCACGUGUACACCCUUUAAUGUUGGAUCUCAAAAGCAUCCUGAAAAUCUUCUUUUUUUAGAAGAAAUCUUGGUGUAUAGUUUGUUAAGUCAGGUUUUUUUUUUUUUAUAUGUAAGUGGUUCUUGGUAUAGACAUGGUGGGAACUUGUUUAGAAUUAGAACACCAUAUCUCGUAUACAAGGGUAAAUUACAAUAUGGAAAAUUUGAAGUUGAUGGUUGAACUAUUGAUGAAUCUAUGUAAAAAUGACUAAUAUUCCUUCCAAUUCUUUUACCUGAUGUUGAU